AGAACUCGCUGCACAGACUUCCCCGCGGUGGGAUCGGCAGAACCGGGUGGCGCCCGAUCGCUGCGCAAUAAGUGCCACCUACACCCACACCUGGGGCCCCAGCGCCGGCAUACCCGCGAGCGGGCCACGCAGCCGCCCGAAGUCGGAGAUCAAAGGCUGCUUCCCCUGAGGCCUCGCUCCUGGUGUGCAGAUGGCUGUCUUCUCCCUGUCCUCACGUGGUUGUCCCUCUGUGUGUGUAUUUCUGUCUGCCCAGAAACCUGCGUUUUCCCAAGAGGCGAGGAUGGCUGCUGGCUGCCUGCGCUCCUGGCCCCAGGAGUCAGUGACCUUCCAGGAUGUGGCUGUGAACUUCACCCGGGAAGAGUGGGCUUUGCUGGAUGGUGCUCAGAGGAAGCUCUACAGAGAAGUGAUGCUGGAGACCUGCCGGAACCUGGCCUCCGUGGAACCCUUGAAGAAGCAAAGUACUAAUAUGGUUAUUGAAGAUGGUACAUUUUUCCCUGCACAAACCUCUCAGCACACCAGUCUUUCCCCAUGGACAGGGUGUUCACUCUUUUGGCCAGUGGUGUCUUUCCACUUGGAGCAAGGAGAAGCCAUGAGGAAUGGGGGAAAAGGAAUUCCCCAAGCCUCUCGUUCAGACUGGGAGACUAAACUGAAAAGCCAAGAAUCACUUUAUAAGAAGGUGGUUUUGAGGGAAGAACCAUCCAGUGGUAUGAAUAUUAUAAAGCUCCCCGGAGAAGACUGUGGAUAUGGUCAAUUUGACGAGAAACGUGAAGACCCCCAGAAACUUCUGAGUCAAAUGACAUACCUCCAAGUAAAGGCAUUUGCUCGAGAGAAGGCUACUGCUUGGCAGGAAUUUGGGGAAAACUGUAAUCUGAGCUCAGACUUUGUUUCAUCACAGGGAGGUGCUGUAGGAAAACACUUCUGUGACUGUGACCUUGAUAUUGAGAGUUUGGUAGCUGAUCCAUUCUUAAACCAUCAUCAGAUGGGAUGUACAGACCAGAGACCCAGUGAGAGUAAUGAACGUGGGAAAGACCUCAGCCAAAACAGUCUCCUUAUUCAACACAAAAGAACACGAACUUCUGCAUAUGUAGAAAGUGGGAGGUCAUUUAAUCACAGCACGGCUCUUACGAUACACAACAAAAUUAAUAAGGUGGAGAAACCCUAUGAGUGUCCCCAGUGUGGGAAAGUGUUUAACCGGAGGCAUUCCCUGAGUGAACAUCAGAGGAUUCAUACGGGAGAGAGACCAUACGAAUGUAAGGAAUGUGGGAGGGCCUUCACACACAGCUCCACCCUCACGCGGCACUUGAGAACUCAUACUGGAGAGAAGCCCUACACAUGCAAUGAAUGUCGGAAAGCCUUCAACAGGGUUUCGUCUCUUACCCAACAUCAGAGGACUCAUACAGGGGAAAAGCCCUAUAAAUGCAAGGACUGUGGCAAAUCCUUCUGCCAGAGUUCUUACCUGAUAUUGCACAAGCGAACGCAUACCGGUGAGAAGCCCUAUGAGUGUAAUGAAUGUGGGAAGGCCUUCAGUGACCGCUCAUCACUUAACCAGCACGAGCGAACUCACACUGGCGAGAAUCCCUAUGAAUGUAAUCAGUGUGGAAGAGCCUUCAGCCAGAGGUCCUCCCUGGUUAGGCAUGAGAGAACUCACACUGGAGAGAAACCAUAUAACUGUAAUGAAUGUGGGAAAGCAUUCAGCCAGAGUUCUUCCCUUAUCACACACCAGAAAACUCACACUAGUCAAAAAACCUAUAAAAUCAUUGACUGUGGGAAAGCUUUUUAUCAGAGCUCCCACUUUAUUGCAUUUUAGAGCUUGCUUGCUGUCCUAUAAAAUACUUUUUAGCACUCUACCAUGAGUAUGUUAGACUUUGCUCCUCUGAUGUCCUGCUUGAAAAGAAGUAGGCUUAUGCCCCAUUCUUGAAGGAAAACACUGAAGUCUAGAUCUGAGAAGCUCCACCCUCUUGGAAAAGAUCAGUAAAUGGGAACACUAAUACGGAAUGGGAUUUUGCUAAGAAUUAUCACAUUAAUUGAGUUGUUGAAUCAAAAGGUGUGCUGUUUCAACUUUUUGUUUCAAUCGCCAAUAUUUUCAUUUCAAUAAUCUGUUUCAAUAUUUUCUUAAUACUCCCACCCCUGUUGGUUACUUAGCAAGGUCCUCACUUGCCCUGACGUGCAUUACUAUGGUGGUGUGGAGCAUAUGCUAAGAAAGAAAGUGCGUCGGGUGUGACAUGAAAAAUAGGGUGCAGAGUGGCCUGUGCGUUCUGUCCAGUGAAGUCAGGGUUGUCUGAUUGGGAUUUUUCUGCCUUUUGCCAUUUCAUUUGCUGUUGUGGGAAUCAUCUUGACAGUAAUUAAAAAUCAACGCCAAGGGAUACCGAGUUUUAUUAAUCAGUCAAGGAGGAUCGUGGAUACCAAGAUGAUGGGAAUAGAGUGCAGGAGGACUCGGGACACGGUGAGGUGGAGCAGCCUUUGGUGGCCUGGGAAAAGCCCCAACUGUAAGGUGUCCUUCCCAGAGUAGAGGCCAAGAGUGCUGACACCCUCGUCAUCGUCCUCACCAUUCCCAUUUAUUGGUGCUUACUGUAUUACUGGCACCACUCCAGCCCUUGUGUCCGUGUCUGCAUUUAACCUUCCCAACAACCCCGUGAGACAGUAGCUUUUCCUAUCUCCAUAUUACAGAAGGGGAAACAGAAAUAAAGUGCCCAAAGUCACACAACUAGAAUGUAGUGGAAUCUGGAUUUGAAUUUGAGCAACCUACAGAGCGUGGUGCUCAUAAUACCAAGGCCGCCUAUUCAAUUCCUACAUGGACCAGUGAGAAACAACGGCUUGAGCUUGGAGCUGAGCUGCCAGCAGGCAGCCAGUUGGCUCAGUAGUUGGAGAGCAGGUUCUUGUGGCAACAAGGUUGCCAGUUUGAGUCCCACAUGGACCAGUGAGAAGCAACGGCUUGAGUUUGGAACUGAGCCUCUGGUUGGUGGCCGGUUGGCUCAGUUGUUAGAGUGCAAUGCUCAUAACACCAAAGUCACUGGUUCAAGUCCCACAUGGGCCAGUUAACUGCACCCUCCCUAACUAGGUUGAAAACAACGACUUGACUUGGAGCUGAGCUGCGCCCUCCACAACUAGAUUGAAAAACAGUGACUUGGAGCUGAUGGGUCCUGGAAAAACACUGUGUUCCCCAAUAUUCCUCAAUAAAAAAAUUUAAAAAAAGGAUUUGAGCAACCUGUACAAAGACAAUACGGCAUUUGCAAGGAGGGAAACAGCUGUGUUUUCUAAAUUCUCUCUCAGAAGACAUCUAACUUCCAUCUGAGUCUUCCCCUUUCCCUAACAAGCUAAGAAGGAAAGUUGCCUUUCAGAUCUUUCACCUGAGUGGGACCUGAUCACGUGAAUAUGGUUGCCUUACCCUAAAGUAGAGAUCCCUUAUCUGGGGUCUGUGUAGACCCCACUGGGUUGAUGGAUGGCUUUCUUUGAGGGCUCUGUAAGCCUUGAGCUGGAUGCAAAAUGUGUUUUGGGGCAUAGAUGUGCUUUCACCAUAUUCUUAGGAAUAGUUGACUUAGAGGUGUUAUGAGUGCACUGUUUUUCAGUCUUGAUCUCUCCUUCCCUCCAACAAUUAUUUAUAUAGAACCUGAACUCUCUGUGGUGACAGGUGGCUGUAUGUAAGACAGACAUAUAUUCCAGUGGUGAAGACGCAGUGUGGCUUCAUGGGCAGGAGAUCUGUGUGGUCACCCAAGACUCUGCUCUCAGAAAGGUCCUUUGAUUGGUUUUAACAGUCUGCAGUAUCCAUCCCAAUAUUCUUAAUAAUUUUGAACAAAGGGUUCCCCCUGCAUUCUCAUUUUGCAGUAAGCCCUGUAUGUUGUGUAGCCAGAACUAUGAUAGAGGAGGGGCAGGAGCAGAUGUUAAACAAGUAACCAAAUACUUGAAAUAACUACAGAUUUUGGUAGAUUCUUUGGACACAAAAAAAUGAUAUUGCUGUAAUAGACAAUAAGAGAGAGACAAAGCUCAGACAGGGCCUUUCUCAGGGUCUGCAUUUAAGUUGAGAUGUGCAUGAUUGGAGCAACCAAGAUGAGGAAUUUAACCAAAGGAGGGCUUCGGUUUAGCUGUUUUCACACUAUAGUUUUAUGAUCACUUUAAAAAAAUACUCACAAUUUUAUUUUGAUUUCUCAGACUCAAAAGUAUUUUGAGAGAAAAUACAUUUUUUAAAUUUCUGGGUAUUUAAAUACGUUACCUCUGUUUAAAUAUGAAUUCUUUUUCUUGUUUUAUUGCACUGGCUCACUCCUCUAGUAGCGUGUUGAUUGAGAGUGUUGAGAACAGAUUUCCUUGCUUUGUUCCUGAUCUUAGGGAAAAGCAUUCAGUCUUCUACCAGAGAGUGUGAUGUUAACUGGGAUUUUUCAUAGAUGCCCUUCAUCCUUACUUUUUUAUUAAAUAUCUGCUUUAAUUAUGCUACAGUCUGAGAAUGUGUCUACUGUUGUAAAUCUUUGAAAUUUAUUGAGGUUUACUAUGUGAUUGAGUUUUAGAAGUAUUUCAUAGAUCUUGAGAAGCAGCUGUAUUCUCUGCUUUUAUGAUUAGGAAUCUGGCUUGUAUCUUAAAUCAAUCUGAUUAAUCAGUGGCUCUCAAAUUUCAUGUCAGGAGGUUUGGAUUUAAUAAGCGAGAGUUGGAGCCCAGUAAUAUGCAUUUUGAAGGCACCAGGUGAUUUCCUCUUUUAAUUACAGUUUGAGAAAUGUUGCUUGUCCUUAAUUGUCCUUGGAUUGCUGAUUCAAAGAUAAUUAGCUCAAGACAAUUAAGUUACAGUUUCCUACUGCUAUUGUGCUGAAUUUCCCUCAGUGUUUUCUGUUAUUUUGCUUCAUUUUUAAAAAAAUUGUUUUUGUUUUAUUUGGGGUAAAUUAAUUUAUGAUAGAUCUUCAUUAUGAAUUAUACCCUUUAUCACUUUGAAGUGAUCUCUUUGCUUUAAUUAAUAGCACCACCUCUGUUUUUUAAACAAAAUCAGUCUGUUUGAUUUUGGUGUAAUUUUUCAUCUCCUUUGAAUUUCUACUUUUUAAAUCCCCUGUAGCUCUCAUUUUAAACACAUAGAUGGAUUUUGUUUUAGAAUUCUUACCUUUAUUCC